GCCCGCUCUCCGCACUUUUCGCACUCCUCAUCCCCGACCCCCAUCAAACACCCUCUGGCCCUGUCUCCAAACGCGAUGCUCUCCCCUGAGGCCUCUCCGAACUGCUGAGACGCUACGCCUGGCCAAUGAUGGUCCAAGCACGUUGACCUGCUACAGCCCGCCCAAUGGAAUCGAGCACGGCAGAGCCAGCGCCGGCCGGCAAGAAGGAGAAGCGGUUCCAAUGCCAGCACUGCCAGCGCAUGUUCGCCCGUCUCGAGCACCUGCAACGCCAUGAGCGCAUUCACAGCGGAGUCAAGCCCUUCAGCUGCUCCGAGUGCAACUACUCGUUCACGCGCAGCGACCUCCUUGUCCGUCACGAACGACUGACCCACCACAAGGACCACAACGGGAAGAACCAUCAGCCUGCUACCGAAAACAGCUAUGCGCUGCCUCCCGAUACCAGACCACACAAGCGCAUGCGCACCAGCUUUGAUGCCGGGCGGCCGGUGCCCGAGAUUCCCAGCAUGAUGUCGACCCCCGCGCCAAUGAACAUGGACAUGCAUCCGCCUCAACAUCCUCACCCGCCUCCUGUUGGACCCCCAAUGGUAGGCCAGAAUGACGAGUUCUCGCUCGCGGCGCUCUCCUACGCCGCAGAGUAUCAGGCCAUGCAUGGAGCCAUGCCCAAUGGCGCACCCACGCCUCAUCACGAAAUCCACUUGCAAGAGGACCCCAUAUCCAACACGGUAGAACAUCAGCCCGCUGUACCCGCUGCGACUAUGCAGAUACAUGGCCCGAGUCUGGGAGAGUCGCUCGACAGUCUGGCAGCCUUCCUCGACAACGAGCCGCUGAGCUCCUACCACUUCUCUUCUCUGAUCAAUACAGAGCAGCCCAUGCCUUUCUUUUCCCCGGAGUCAUUCAGCUAUGGCCACGAUUUCCUACCUCCGCCGGGAACUCCAGCUGCAGGCCUUGGUCAUAGUCAAGCGCACGGGGAUGAACCUCACUCCUUCUCACGAUUCGGGUCCAGACUGCCCUCGUUGCAGCCAGACGAUCUCACGCAGCAAGAAAACGCCACCAUCCGCCGGUCGUUUGCCGAUGUGUCCAUGGACGAUCGACAAAAGAUCGCCGACAAGCUUCAUGACUUCUCCACGGUGCUUCCAAGCGACUUCAGGUUGCCAACGCGACUGGCUCUGUGCAGAUACAUUGCUGCAUACAUCAACGGCUUCCAUGAACACAUGCCCUUCUUGCAUAUUCCGACCAUGUCCAUCGACACCUGCUCGAUUGAGCUCAUCCUUGCCAUCGCAGCCGUCGGCGCCCAGUACACCUUCGAAGGAGAGAAGGGGGUAGAGCUCUUCAAUGCGAGUCGCGCAAUAGCUACCUAUCGCAUACGGCGAAGAGAUGCGCGCCUCGUGGAAGUGCAUCGUCGCGCCGAAUCCGAUCGGUCUUCGUCCCACGACGCAGACGGUGCGUCAGUGACACGUAGUCCAGCACGCACCUCGUCGACUGUUGGUCCGCUUGGAUUGCCUUCUGGAUCCGAUGUCUCCGCUGUUGGCGAGGACCUGAUGCAGACCGCGCAAGCCCUGCUCUUGCUCAUGGCCCUAUGUACAUGGGCAAAGCACAAGGAAAUCCUCCGCGAAGCGCUCGGCAUACAGAGUAUACUUGCCACCCUCAUUAGAGAUGACGGACUUCAGAAUGAGGCCCUGAGGGAAGAGCUUUCAUGGAGAGACUGGGUUCGACGGGAGACCAUCAAAAGAACCAAGUUUAUCGUUUACGGCUUCUCCAACCUUCACUGUAUUGUCUACAACAUCCCGCCCUUCAUUUUGACGUCGGAAGUCAAGCUCACGCUGCCUUGCAGUGCCGCGGAGUUCAAAGCAUCAACCGAGGCAGCAUGGAAAGAAGCAAGGAAGAAGAGUCCACCAGAGAUCCAGUUCCAGGAUGCCCUUCAACGACUGUUCUCGAAGAAUGGGCGAGACAUUACUGAAUGGAACUCGAGUGCUGGCAAUUAUGCCCUGAUCCACGCCCUGAUUCAGCACAUCUUCUUCGUUCGGCAGGUCGCGCGGUGUCGCUUUGACGGGCCGGGAGAUCUCAGCCAGGAGGAUGUCACAUCGCUUGAGAAUGCAUUGAGGAACUGGCAGGUUGGUUGGAAGCACAAUCCGGAAUCAUCACUUGAUCCUAUGAGUCCCAAUGGCCCAGUAGCUUUCAACUCUACAGCGCUACUGCGCUUAGCAUACAUACGCCUUUACGUGGAUACCGCAGGCCGGGCUUUGGAUACACGGGACCCGAUUCUCAUUGCGAACGCCUUCCGCGCCGGGCCCGCUAUUAAGCGGUCCGCCAAGAUUACUAGAGCAGUCCUGCACUCAGCUCAUGCGCUCAGCAUUCCCGUCAAGAUUGGAUACAGGCUUGUUGCUAAGACGCAGUCUUUCAUAUGGUCGAUCCAGCAUUCGCUAUGCACGCUGGAAUGCGCCUACCUUAUGAGUAAGUGGCUUGAAGCGCUUUCGACCCACAGUCCAGAACCACCUAUCACCGAGGACGAGCGAAGGAUAGCGGCCAUCGUCAAGAGCAUGCUUGACGAGACCGAGUUCGCACUACCACCGGACAUUUCUGAGGACUCGCCGGCUUACACGAAACAUCUGAGCGCCGGCGUCCUAAGAGUGUGGGCGACUAUCUUCAAAGGCGCGCAGACGUGGGCGAUCGUGGAUGUUAUCGGCAGUGCUUUGAAUCUCUAUGCGGACAUGCUAGAGGCAGGUUAAGAUUCGGCUUGACGUUGGUUUUCGAUAUAUCUACAUCAA